CUAGCUAGUAAGUAAUCGAGGCGAUCUCGCAUAAGGUACGGUAGGUGGAUCCCUCAGACGGCCUCUGAGGUGCGUCUCCCCAACGUUUUUCUUCCAAACUUCCCUUGACUUGAGUCGACUGAGUCGACUCGACUAUCACUCGACUCGACUCCCACAUCCCCAAUCCCACAUUCCCAACCCACCAACCAACCAGAUCCCCGGGAAGUCAUCCGCGACCAAGCACGAGACCUGGCCAUGAACGCUAUUUUAAAAGUAGAAGGAGACGAAAUGUUAAAUCCAUUUUUCACCACUGAGACACAUUUUUCUUUCAAUGACCUUCAACAUCGACUCACAGACAUUGCAUGCAGGUCGAAAUCUAGCUGCAAACCGGUGCAACCAACUCAUCCUCAUCGUUUGUCCACGACAAGCGACAUGGCAACACUUGAUACGGUAAUACCGGCAACAGACCUCAAAAGCUUCAGUCUGCAGCACAUCCUCUCGUCUGCUUGAACUCGAUCACACAAACGAAAGAGUGAAAGUAAACAACAAUUACUGAAGCAACCAUGGGAGCACCCCAAGUCGACGAACCCGAGCUGUCUCUGGACGACGUGUUCAACGUCAACAAAGAUGCCGACAAUGCCACCAGCACUGGCGGUAGUAGUACCAAUAAUAAUGGAUCGUCCAAUCGGAGCUGGGGCUUUGCGUCGGUGGAGAGACGAUUGGAUCUCAACCUGAGUCUCAACUUGGAACGACAAGAAGCCAAGAUGAAUGCCUUGAUGCUGAAAGGUGACACGACAUUCCGUCCGUCCCCUGCCGUGGCCCAAUUGACGUCGACGGUCGACGCGUUAGAAGACGAUUUGACGGGGAUGCUGGACAGUGUGGCGGCCUUGAGCAACAACUUUGCGCAAUGGCGGAAACAAACGCAACUACACAAGAGACAGCAAUCCAGGUUAAUACGACACAACAUUACUAGUGGACUUGGCUCUGUCGAUGGAGCGGAUGGCGACUACGACUAUGAUGACGAGGAUGACAGCGUGGUCAGUGACAAGAAGAAAAAGAGCAAGAAGAAGGACAAGAAGAAGAAGAACAAACAGCAGCAGCAAGAGGACGACGAUGACGAUGUCUUUUCUGUGGUGAGUGACAGUGGAAGAGACGAAGAGGAUCCUCCCUUUAUUGUCAAGAGCAAAAAGAAGAAAAAGAAGAAACAACAACCACAAGAGGAGGCUAUAGCCUUUGAAAUUCCAGCAGCACUCAGUGAAGGCGGAACCAAGAAAAAGAAGAAAAAGAAUACUCUAGAUGACGCCUUUUCUCUGGAUGGUGGUAUGGACUGCUCGUCCAAUUCCGUGUCGUCUGCCUGGACCACUGGCGACCUGGCCAGAACCAACAAGAAAAAGAAAAAGCAACUAGCUGCCAACGAAGAGGACAUACCCUCCUUUUUCGAUUGGACACAAUGGCGGGAUCAUCAAACAACCGAGAACGCUCCUGAUGAGGAAGCAUUAUUUGACUGGGAGCAAUGGCGACAAGACCAAGAAGAGGCAUCGACUUCUAGGCGAGCGCCCAAGAAAAAGCUCAAGAGGCGGGUGACUUUGGCUGUUACCACCACCACCAGCAAUAAGGGAAAAGCAAACAAAGCAGAAACAAAGGCAACAAAGACCACCAAGCCCAAGAAAAAGAAAAAGCCAAAAGACACGGCACUGAUGCAGAUCUUGUCGGCCAGUGCCACGAACUUGCGACUAGAAUAAUAAUGAGGCAGACGACCUGCCUUUUUGAUUCAUUUAGGUUUUUUCAAAAACACUCCU